ACACCAAUAGCUGCAAUGGCUCCCGCUGCCAAGAAGCCUCAGGCAAGAAGAUCAGUUAGACAUGUAGUAUUGCCGGUAUCUAUUGUUUUUCAUCUUCUAUCGAUUUUUAUUCAGGUCAAGAAAAAUGCUGAAAACAUCAAUACUCGAUUGUCUAUGGUGAUGAAGACCGGAAAAUAUGUGCUGGGCUACAAACAAACGUUGAAGGCUCUUCGAAACGGAAAGGCCAAGUUGGUUAUCAUCGCCAACAACACUCCUCCUCUCAGAAAGUCUGAAAUCGAGUAUUACGCUAUGCUGGCCAAGACCGGUGUCCAUCAUUACAACGGAAACAACAUCGAACUUGGAACUGCUUGCGGUAAACUUUACCACGUCUGCACCUUAUCGGUUACUGAUGCUGGAGAUUCCGACAUCAUCCGCAGCAUGCCAUCAGAAACGGCGUAA